GCCGGGCGUGCGCCUUUUCUGACAACCAGGGCCUCCCAACCCUUACCCCCAACCCUCGCGGGGCUGUCACCAGAAUCACCACGCGUCCUGCAGACUGCAGCCUCGACCCGGGAGGGAGACAGCGACAUGGCGGCGGCCAAGCCCGAGAACCUCUCUCUGGUGGUGCACGGACCCGGAGACCUGCGCCUGGAGAACUAUCCGAUCCCUGAACCAGGACCAAAUGAAGUGCUGCUGAGGAUGCAUUCCGUUGGAAUCUGCGGCUCAGAUGUCCACUACUGGCAGCAUGGUCGAAUUGGGGAUUUUAUUGUGAAGAAGCCAAUGGUGCUGGGGCAUGAAGCUUCAGGAACAGUUGUAAAAGUGGGAUCAUUGGUAAAGCACCUAAAGCCAGGGGAUCGUGUUGCCAUCGAGCCAGGUGCUCUGCGAGAAAUGGAUGAAUUCUGCAAGAUUGGCCGAUACAAUCUGUCGCCAUCCAUCUUCUUCUGUGCUACGCCCCCUGAUGACGGGAACCUCUGCCGGUUCUAUAAGCACAACGCUGACUUCUGCUACAAGCUUCCUGACAAUGUCACCUUCGAGGAAGGGGCCCUGAUUGAGCCACUGUCUGUGGGGAUCCAUGCCUGCCGGCGAGCUGGAAUCACCCUGGGGAACAAGGUCUUUGUGUGUGGAGCUGGGCCAAUUGGACUGGUCACUUUGAUCGUGGCCAAGGCAAUGGGUGCAGCCCAAGUGGUGGUGACUGAUCUGUCUGCCACUCGGUUGUCUAAAGCCAAGGAAGUUGGGGCUGAUUUCGUCCUCCAGAUAUCCAAGGAGAGCCCUAAAGAAAUUGCCAGUAAAGUGGAAGAUCUGCUGGGGUGCAAGCCAGAAGUUACCAUCGAGUGCUCGGGGGUGGAGCUGUCCAUCCAGGCGGGCAUCUAUGCCACUCGUUCUGGUGGGACCCUGGUGCUCGUAGGACUGGGCUCUGAGAUGACCACUGUGCCCCUCGUGCACGCAGCCACCCGGGAGGUGGAUAUCAAGGGCGUGUUUCGAUAUUGCAACACGUGGCCGAUGGCGAUUUCAAUGCUUGCAUCCAAGUCUGUGAAUGUAAAGCCCUUAGUCACCCAUAGGUUUCCUCUGGAGAAAGCUCUGGAAGCCUUUGAAACAUCCAGAAAGGGAUUGGGGUUGAAAGUCAUGCUUAAGUGUGACCCCAAUGACCAGAAUCCCUAAUAUUAAUUGGGCUCUGCCCUCACCAUUUCCGCCCCCCCCCCACCCCCCAGUAUCUCCAGGCAGGGAUGGGCUUUGAAUACAGAAGUUUCUUUUGAGUAAUGAAAACAAUUCAUUAUAAGCAGAAAGCCUUACAUGGAGGAAUUGGUGUGCCUUAAAAACACAAGUAGGGACAGUUUGGGGGAAUUUGCAGCCAGAAUGACCUGUUCAUGCAGAGCAAAGUUCAGCAAGUAGAGCAGAGUUUGGUGUAGGUACUGGGAACUCCCCUUCUUCCUGGAGCGCCUGAGUUGAGUAAGGAAAGAAAUCUGCCCAUUGGGUUCCUGGUUCCACCACGACUGGCCAGGUGGGGAUGGGAGCUGAGUUAUGAAGAAAUAACUUUAUCAAGACUUAACUGGCCCAGAAAUUGAUUUUCAUGAAAAUCUCAGCUCAGGGUCUGGGAUGAAGCAUUCUCAGCAGUUUUAUAAUUUAGAGCACAGUGUUUCUAGACACAAGUGCUAUUUGGUUUGAUGAUAAAAGACUUUAAGGGACUGACCUUCCUGCAUCUAGGAUAAUUUUUAAAUCUAUCAAGAAAACAAAACAAUGCUGAAAUCCCUCAUAAGGUCCAACCAGCUUGCUUUCUCCAAAUGUAAAAAGAGCCAGGCAAGUUCUCAAUAUUGCUUAAAGAUCACCUUUUCUUGAAUUCCUAAGAGUUCUCUGUGACUUAAACUACCUUCCCAGCGCUCCCUACCCCCACCUGUCUGCUUUCAGGGGCAGUCCCUGAGGGCUCCUUUGUCACCAGACAACGGGGGAGGGGUCCUCACAGGAUUUGCCCCCAAAGUGUCUGGCCAGUGCACCCGUCUUCCCACCCCACAGGGUUAGCAUUCCUUUCACAUUCACUGAUGAUAGACAAUUCCAUUUAAUCCUGGUAAUUAUAAACAGAAAGCCUUCCUCCUCACAGCCUGUUAAAUAAAGCUCUUGGUAUCUUUCUGUUUGAAUGAUCUCUCCAAUCUUGUUUUGAUCAUGGGGUUUUCUUGUGUAAGAUUUGGGUCCAAAUCACUUUUUGCCCAUUUGUGACUUUGAGACUAUUGGUCAGGAAUGAGGAUAUUGUAGCUGUGACCUAACUUGGGCUGCAGCCUUUUAAUCCUUCCCUUCAGCUGGGAGUGGAGGGUGAGUUUGAAGAGGUGCUGGCUUUCUUGUGACUGGGGCAGGCCAUGAUCGCUGCUUGGAAUUCCUCAAACUGCUUUGGGUAAUAAAUUGUGCUUGUGGUACCUGACUGUUGCCACCUGUUUGUGCCCCUUUGUAGGGAGGAAUGGACUCUGGCUACCCAUUUAACAAAGGGAAGGACCCAGGAUUUUUGAAAGCGACACAUUUUCUGCAUCAAAUAGAAUUUCAUUAACUUGGAAAUUUAUGUUCAUGAUCUCUAAUCCUCACAGCAAGCCAGAUACAUCAGAUUAUUUUACAGCUAAGGAAAUAGAGACAUCAAGGAAUUUGCUCAAGGUCACCCACUGCUUUUCCUGUCUCAUGUUCUCUCUGGAGGAAGGGGGCGAGUUUUGAGACUUCUGUGCACACUCAGCAGCCACAGAGCCCACUUGUACUUUCUUCUCUGUGUUCCGCUUAGCUCCAGGGGCAGACUUGCCAGCUGCCUCCUCUUAACUCCUUCUAGCUCUGGUGCCCAGAGUUCCUUGAAUGAGGAAUGAGAAGGCCUUCCCCUUCUAGAUGGAAGGCUUCCAACAGAAAUGCUCCUGAGGGAGGUGGGUUCACUGUUAAAUUCACAAGUAGCCACUUUUCCUUUGAUUGUGGUUUAUUGGAGGGAAAGGACCCCUGAAACUGAGAAGGACUUAGGAGCUACAGAGGGGACCCUGGGAAGGUGGGGCUACCAAGGACAAAGGCAUGGGUGACCUAUCUCACAAUUGUGAUUUGGCUGGAUCUUCUAAGUCCAGCGUUGCUUGGUGUGUUGGCUGGGCUUUGUGCUGCUGCCACCAGGGCAGUGAUGAAGUGAAUGACCUGAUGGAAAGUGGCCGUUCAGACAAUACUUCCCAUUGCCAAAUCCCCUCACUACUCUUAAGCCACUAGACAGUUUCACAGCUCCCAAGCAGGGGCAGCGAGGGUGAUAGGAGAGGAGGGGCUGUGGGUGGGCUGCCCACUCAGUGAGUCCUCUGGGUGGUGAGAGGGCCCAAGCUGGUAUUACUGAGCUGUGCCUGGCUCCCUCACCUCUGCGGCCUUGUUGAAAUGUUCCCCACUGCCAUUUGGAAGGAAUUGCAGGAAGCCCAGGCAUUGAUUCUUCAGCCGUCUCCACUUAGUGCUCAAUAAAUAUUGAUUAACUCAGUGAAUCAGUCCUGGAACCAGGAAUAUGGCCCUGUCGGCCUCUGUGCUCACUAGUGCCUGGCACCUUGUUGGCUUUCAAUCAACAGAGGACCCCACCCAGCUGGCACUCCCAACACUAGGGUGGGGUGUGUGGGUGGAGAGCUGUGAAGAAGGACCCUGAAGGCAGGCUGGAGGGUGGAAGGGGGAGGCUAGCCCAUGGGCCCUAAAGGAGAAAAGUGGACACAGCUCCAGCAACUUCUCUUGACAUCCACCUUUGGCUACAGUGAAGUCACUCUAUGUUAAUGUGGAGUCACUUCUGGACCGCCAAUCCCUGGUUCUCAAGCCACCCCAGGCUCACUUCUCUGUACACAGUCCUGCUUCUUCCUUCUUGGCUCCUAUUUUUCUCCCUUUAGGAGAGCAGUGGGGGCAUGUGGGGAAAUUGCUUGGACCAGAAAUUCAAAGUGUUGGAAGCAAAUAGGAUUUAUUAGGUAUUUGUUUUCCCAGAACUGUCCUCUGUCCAUGAUCUCAGCCUAGCUUGGAAUACAGAAGGCCCACUAAGGGACCCACAUCCCCGGGUAGCAGGCAAAUCUCUACCGCCCCUACCCCAACUCACAUAGCCAAAUCCCAGAGAGUUCAGAGAGGAGCAGCAUGAGGAAAGGGUGGCAGGGAAGUGGCUUGGCUUGGAGCUCAUCUGCAGGAAGUACCUUCAAGACAGCAGCAUGUGUUCUCUGGUGCAGUGGCUGCCUUGUCGCAGCUGCAAGCUGUGCUCCAACUGUCUCUGACCCCCACUCUCAGCACCCCUCUCGUAAAACCCUGGUGGAGUCAGGCACUGAGCUCCUUCUCCAGGUGCCUGAUGGUGUUCCUGCCGAGAGAUUGCUUGGUGGAUCUUAAUCGUCGGUGGGGGUGGUGGGAUUGGGGAGUAGCCUCUGUCUUCAGGGUCUUGGACCCAUCAAGCCUACGAGAGACAGCACCUCAUAAAGGGUUUGAUGCCAGGAUUCCUGGGUACUUUCUCUCUUUUUUUUUAAUUUUUCGUUUUUAUUUAAAUUACAGUUACUUAGCAUACAGUGUAAUAGUAACUUCAGGUGUACAAUAUCGUGAUUCAACACUUCCCAUACAACACUCGGUGUGGGAACACUACAACACUUUCUAAUCCUGAGCCCAUCACAAACUCACUGCGGUUUUCCCAGUCAGUUCCCUAGUCCGAGUCUGAGUUUCCUCCCUUUUUAAUAGAGGAGUGGGCCAGACGACCUCAAGGCCUCUAUCAUCACUGAUAUUGUCACCAUAGACCUAAUCUUUAUGGCCCAUCUGCUUGUACUCACUGACCUUUGUCCUACAUUUUCCCUUAAGCUCUUUCCAGUUUAUCUCUCAACUUUGCCAAAAGACCGUAGCAUCCUAUAACGGAAGCCAAAACUACUCAAGCAAUAAAGACUGCCCUGAUAAGACCCAGCCAGCCCAGACCACACAGACCAGUUUCAGCUAAAGCCCCCACUCGAGCCUGCACAAAUGAACCAUGGAGUGACCUCUGGAAUGACUGGCAAUCACCUUUACCUCACUCCUCCUUUACAUAACAUACAAUAUGUGUAUAGGCAUGUUUCUUAAGGCACAUGUUCAACCUUAUGCCUGUCUCUACGUAUGAUGCACCAAGACCCCCUUUUAAAAUAUUCAUCCUAACCAUAAAUAAAAGGAAUUCAUCCACCCUUGCUUGGGGAGUUACGGCUUUGGAAGUUAUUCCCCUUAAGUUCCUUAUUUGCUGCAAAUAAGUAUUACGUUGUGCAACAAUUCACCUGGCAUUUCUAUCUACGACUUAUCAAGGAGUGAACUCCUAUCAGUUUAGUUAUGAUAUUAUACAGGGUUCCCAUCAUCCCAAGGCCCUGAGGAAAGAGGACACCUAGGGGGGUGGUCCUUGGGGUGGAGGUGUGAGGGGCCUUCUUGGGUUUCAGUGCCAGUCCUGUGUAUGCAUCUGUGUGUGUAAGGAAGUCGCCUGAGGGAGGGGAGGUGAGAGGAAGCUGGGGGUGAGGAAGCUGCCUGUGGAAACACCUACAUCCUGGCCAUCACCUUGUCCUGUUGCUUGGCCUCGGGCUCCCAUGUAUAGUCCUGAAGGGGACUGUGUAACCCAGAGUUGGGCCCUGGGAGGUCUGGCUCCAUCACUGACUUCCCUGCUGGUGGUCAAUGAUUGGCCUUUCUGUGCUCUGCAUAGGACUGGAGGCAGAAACACAGCCUAGCAGUGGGGGAUAGAUGGAUGGGGGACCCCAGCAAUCCAUCCAGAGUGAGGAGGGAGCUGUGGGAAGAAGGUGGGCCUGGGCCAAAAGUGGGCCUAUUCUGGGCACAGCACCACGGAGGCACAGUCAGGAUGCAGCUCCCUUGGGACCAGCUCCAGCCUUCAGGAGGUGCUAAAGCCACAUGUGCCCUGCCCAGACCUCACAGGCUUUCUGUGUACCGGCCACCAGCUCCCUGGUCCUGGAGGCCUCUCCCACAGACCUACCUCUGCACCUCCUCCCUGCAGGCAUCCCAAGUGGCUCAACUGUUCAGUUGCUUGGCAGAGCCCUUGUCACCAGGAGAUAAUGGUAUCUGUACUUUUCCUUAUCACACAGGUUUGCAUUGUUAAGAAAGUAAAAGCAGAUAAGUAAAAAGAAGAGAAAAUCAGCAUAAUCUGUUCUCCAAGGAUACUAAUAAGUUGGAGAACUUCCUUCCAGCUUUCCUCUGUGUGGCUCUAUACAUAUAAAGCAUGCACGUGCAUUUAUAAUCAGAAAUGGGAAUGUACUUUACCUACUUUCCUCCCCCAUUUUCCCCCAUAACAGAUUAGCACUUUAUUUAACAAUCACAAUUCCCUCUUUUUUUUUUUUUAACAUUUAUUCAUUUUUGAGAGACAGAGAGAGUGUAAGCAGGGUAAGGACAGAGAGGGAGACACAGAAUCCUAAGCAGGCUCCAGGCUCUGAGCUGUCAGCACAGAACCCGACGUGGGGCUCAAACCCACGAACCACGACAUCAUGCCCUGAGCCGAAGUCGGGCGCUUAACCGACUGAGCCACCCAGGCACGCCCAUAACUCCCUCUUAACAACAACAAAAAAACAGGGUUAAUGGAGGGAGGUGGGCAGGGCAUGGACUAUAUGGGUGAUAGGUACUAAGGAGGGCACUUAGGAUGAGCACUGGGUGUUACAUGUAAGUGAUGAAUCACUGAAUUUUACUCCUGAACCCAAUAUUGCACUGUAUGCUAACUAGAAUAUAAAAAAAAUUUGAAAAAAAUAAAUACAAAAUGAACAAAUAAAUCUGAUGAAAUGGAAAAACAACAAAACAAAAACAAUCACAAUUCUCAUUGAUGAGUAACAGUAAUUGAUGAAUUAACAGUAAUUGCUUUAUACCAUCCAACACUCCAUCAAUCCAAGAGCAACUUUCCCUAAUUAUCUAAAAGAAAAA